AUGCGGUGCGCUGAUAAAUCAGCCGAAAAGGCGGCUACACGCAUGCGUGCAGCCGCAUUUUGCACUUAUCUAGCCUCGGCAGCAGCUGAUCGUUCACCUGCUAUUGCAAGUGAGGAACAGGCAGUGCCUGUUGUGAAUAGUUCACGUGGUGAUUCAACACGUGCGACAGAUACAUCCGCUGCGUCUGCAGCUAGUACUGCGAAUUGCAAUGAAGAUGAGCCUGAACUGGAGCUCAUCUAUUCUGGUGAGUCGGAUGAUGCAUCCAACUCGCAGGCGACGCCUCACGCCUCCGGAUCACCCGGGGCGGACACUGCAAGAGCCAGGCUGACUGGCUCUGAUCAGCGCGGCGGUAUCAUGUCCGAGAUCUUCGGAUCGAGUGAUUAUUCCGAUGAAUAUCCGCCUCACGCGAGUCCGUCUAUCGAUAAGGCGCGUGGGAAUGGUGGUGAUGCACCCAUGCAUCACCACGAGCGAAGUAAUUCAAGGGACCGGGGUAACACUGGUGCCAGUGCUCAUGAUGGCACCAAUCAAGAGGCCAGGGACCAAAAUGUCCUGCGCCACGCUCCCCAAGCAAAGUCUCCGUGGAUGCCGCCAUCCAGAGAGUUGGACCGGUUGGCCGGCACGACUACCGAACGGGAUCGAAUUCCGUUGUUCGAUUGCAGGAAGAUUUGCCCACCUAUUUCAGCACAGAAACUAUCCGUGCUGAGGAAGAGUUCUUCACCGAUGCGUUCUUUAAACAUCGGUGGUACAAUGGUAGCCGUGUUCGGGACGGCAAAGCCUUGGUGCAGGGAUGGAAUGCCCUCAUCCACAGCAUAG